AUGGCCCGCCCCACCAUCGUGACAUCCGAUGCAGCUUCUGAUCCUUCUACUCGUUCCACUAUCACUCUUCAUGUCUUGGUCCCUGCCCUCCCUCCCCCCAAUAAAUUCACUUUCCAAGACAUCCUACUGUCCUCGACGGUUGAUCAACUCCGUGAUCGUCUCAAAGAUGAAAUUCCUUCACAUCCCCCGUCAUUUACACAGCGGUUGAUCUACCUCGGUCGAUCGAUCGACCACCUUGGAACUCUGGCAGCUGUUUUCCAUCCCGUUGUUUCUGAGGAAUACACCAUCCAUCUUGCAUUGCCACCAUCUCUGCUGGACCGGAGCCUGUCCACCCCAUCUCGCAAUUCAGAAAUACCAGUUACCCAAGUCCCAUCCGUCAAUUUGACAAAUAAUACGAGUGCCAGCCCUGAUGGGCCAUUUGUUAGUCCCCAGCCACUGCGUAACGCUCUUGAGACGCAUGGACAUCGUCUCAGGCCCCUCUUUAAUACGAACCCAAACGAUAGGACUACCAGGCGUUCGAGCAUCUCUGGUGAUAUAGCAGCUCCUGACGCCCCUUCUGCUUUAGAUGGUCAUGGUGUGACAGAUCUACCACCUGCAUAUUCCCAUCUCAACCUUAGCCGUGCUCAAAACCUUAGCCAAUUGUUGGCUCAUAUCCUGCAAAUUGAAUCAGAACUCGCGGUUGGUGUUUUGCCCACUAUAGAAAGUCGGCUUCAGUUGCAGACCAGAGUACAUGAAUGCCAGCUCUCAAUGGUGUCAAACCCAAUAAACCACGAAUUUAUGCAACGUAUCAGCUCUAUCUAUCGUCGUAUCGAUGACCUUUCUCAUCCGGCUGGGAUACAUCAAUUCGGACUGGAUCCUGGAAGGCGAUAUUAUUUGGCAUCAGGCACCAAUGGAACCCAGUCCCUAAUCGUUCCCAACGAGUCUGCAGCCAAUCCCGAUGUUUUGAAUUUACUGACUAGUUUAUACCCCGGACGAUUCAAUGCAAAUCUGGAACCGGCACCUAGACGUCUCGAACAAAACGUUUUCCGAGCGCAGCCAAUCCCCGCCAAUCAAGAUCUUCGUCAGACAAUCCCCGCGCAACAGAAUGUUCCUCAGGUACCCCGUCAGGAAAUUCCCGCCGGACAGAACGUUCCUCGGGUGAUCCAUGCCCGGCACCGCGGACGCUUCAAUAUUAACGAGGCCAUAAUGCGCCUCAUGAGCCGUAUGUGGCUUUUUAGCCAAUUUAUGCUUAUUAUUUACAUGGCAAGCGAUUCUGGAACUUGGACUCGUACUUUUAUGAUGCUUGUGUUUAUGAUCUAUGCUUUGCUUCAGGCAACUGGCUUAUCUGAGCAAUUCCAGGGAGCGAUAAUUGCUCCCUUCCAGCGCUUUUUAGAACGACAGGCCCUUCGACCUGCAGCUCAUCCUGUGCAAGAAGCGAGGCCCGCAAACAACUCCCUUGGUUAUGUCAUGGAGUCCAUUUUGCUCCUCCUGGCUAGUCUUGUCCCGGGUAUUGGUGAACAACGGGUCCAGGCUCAUGCACGCUUGGAAGCUGAGCUUGAGGCCGAAAGGCUGCGCCAGGAAGUCGAGAAUAAUCAGGAAAUUGAGAAUCGCCAAGCUGAGCCUCCAGAGGAAGAAGAGCAGUGA